AUGACGAUCCUCAUCUAUGCCAUGAUAGUCCGACGUGCUCUGCAAAUCGAUCCAUCGGGUCGAUGUGUCAUUUUCGUACGACGGGCUUCCGUUGCCAGACGAGUGCUUGACAAGUUGAAGGGCCACGGCCUGCAGGCAGCGAUGGUCGCGCAGCGCUCGCGAAUGCGUGAUCUUCGCAGCCAAGUGGUGGUUUGUCUCUGUGCCAGUGCGCAUCGCCUACGUGGGCAUCACUUUAUCGUCAAGCUGUGGGACUCAGCUUUGCAGCCAACGCACAGUGAAACAGCGAGGAUUGUGUGCAAUGCAGUUUCUGCCAGCAUGAGCGCGGAAUUUUCGUUGCAAAGCGAGGCAGCUGACCUUUCCUACACAUUUGCACAAGCUGUUGAGGACGGACGCGCUCGUAACUUUGAGCCCUAUUUUUUGCCAGUACCGGGCAAGAACUCUGGAUGCGCGGAGCUGCUGAACACGCUUAAAGCGUUGCAGGUGGAUUCGUGGGCACCCGUUCUGGUAGUUCUCAACACGGCCAGGCAGGCCCUGGAAUUCGCCAGAGAGCUUCAACAACUGGAGGUGCCAGCAGCAGCGGUCAGCGGCAAGCUGGGAUCCUGGCAGAAGUCGUCGGCGCUUCAAGGCGUCCAGCAAGGUGAUGUCAAGGUCCUCUGUGUCUCACACUGGAUCUUUGAGAGGUCGGACUUGCCGGCCUUCGGCACAGUUCUCCUCGCCCAAGCUAACUUCACCAAGCCCUCCACAAGAGAGGGUCUCCUCCGUGCACUGCAGCCGACCGAGAGCGGUUGCUCGGAUUCAGCACUGAAGCCUCUGAAGCUCGUGUGCGUCGUAGGGGAGUCGGAGCUUCUCUACCGGCCUCUGCGGAUACAUCGGGCCAUGCACUUCUUGGGUUCUCUUUGGGGCCCUCGGAAGCCAAGCACUUACCAGGUUCUGAACGUAGAGGGCAGCACCAUCAGCACCACUGCCAGGGCUCUCUGGCCCCGAGGGUGGCUGGAGAGCUUGUGCGUUUGGGUGCAGUCGACGAGGCGGCCCCCAAGUUGCACCAGAGAGGAGGAGAGGCUCCUGGCCCACAGGUGGCAGCAGGCCAAGAAGCUAUUGCGAGCAGACAGACUGAACGCUGUAGAGAAGGAGCGUGUGGAGACAUGCCUCUCACUUCUGGGCGACAGGUCGCAGAUUAGGCUCGAAGACCUGUGCAGUUGGAUGUCAACCCACAAGCGGCACCCCUAUCAGCGGAGCAAGGAUCCCAUUGAACGACGCCAGAGCCUCAGGCUUUCCAGAACCAGGAAGCGCCUUCGGGAAGGAAAGCUGAGUUUUGCCCAGGCCGCGCUCUUCGAGAGAGCGCUGCAGCAGACGGUGCGGCCCUGGCUGCGGACCCUGGUCGCCUGGCUCCGCUUCUUCGAGCGCCUCCCGCACAUGCACGCAGAGGAGCACGAAGAGCGCGUGCAAAACCGGAGGUGGAAGGAAGCCACCAGAAACAUGAAGCCUGGGCUGACCGAGGCCGAGAGACAGCUGUUGAUGCAAUGCCUGAGCUGGAAGCUUGAGCUAUCUGCGAGGCCACGGUUUUGGCUAGUCAGCCUCUGGAUCUGGACGAGCCUACAUCAGCGGCGACCACGAGACAGUAAACAGCGAGAUGCUGAGGAGAGACUCCAGGCGAUGAGAUGGAAGAAGGCAUUCCAGCAGCUGUCCAACGGGGACCUCACUGAAAGUGAAGCUUCGUUGCUGACAGAUUGCCUGCAGAUCGUCGACCAACAUUCAGCAUGA